AUGCCUUCGACCGCGGCGCAGGCGGGGAUGAUGAUGAUGAUGAUGCCACCACCACCACCGCUGAAUUUGAAACAGGAAGCAGAGGACGAGAAAGGGCAAAACUCAGAAAGGAGUGGUUUUGACUCGUUUCAAGAAGAGCCUUGCGAAGACCGAGAAGACAUGGAACAGUCGAAACGAACAAAUAACGACAACAAUAACAGCAACAACGCAAAGAAAAGAAGUCGACCGGCGGUGGGAGAAAACAUAAAACGACCGGAAACGCCGUUCAUGAACUCGCCUUCCGCGGCUGCGGACGUGCUCAUGUCCUUAUGCGGCGACGGCGACGGAGGAGGCUUAUUUGCCGCUCCCGCCGCAAACUUCAAACCGGUAAACGCGAACGCCACCAGCCGACAACAAAAAAGCCGACGAAAUUCAAACGCGGAGACGACGUGUACCGGGCAAAUUUUCCCGCUGAAUUUGAAGUGUCCGAGAAGAAAACGAACGAGUUUGUGUAAGAACAUGCGAAGGUCCUCGUCUGGAUCGUCGCUGGAAGAUAUCGGGGGGGAGAGUGGGGCGGUUGUGCUGCACGGCAUCUCGACGACGACAGCGACGACGACGGGUAACAAUGGGGAGAAUACCGCGCCGAGCACUAAUACUGCGACGAUUCCACGCGUAAACAAUAAUAAAGCCACAACGGAAGAACAACAAAACCAGAGAAAACAUCAACGCAAUAGCAGCGGUAUUACGAACGGCAAAAACAAACGUCAAAAGGUACACAGACCGUGGUCUUUGGUGGAAGUCAAAGCUUUAGUCGCCGGAGUCAAACGGUGCGGUCGAGGCCAGUGGGCGGAUAUUAAAUCCUUGUCUGACGAAAAAAUUUCGGGCGCUUUGCUCCAACGCUCUGCGGUGGACUUGAAGGAUAAGUGGCGCAACGUCAUGCGAACGGCUUUAUCGCCUGUGUUGUAUAAGAAACGCGAGGCGACGGAGAUUCCAGAGAACAUGCUCGAGGAUAUUCGUUCGCUCGCGACGGCAAAGGAAAAAGAAACGCUGGCGACCAACAAUGCCAUGGAAGCGAAACUGACGAACACUACGCACACCGCGGCAAAUACGUCACCCUCGACGAGUGGCGAUGGCAACGAUAGCAACUCCAACGAAGACGGCGAAGACGAUGCGUUCGUCACCGAUAAUAACGCCGAGUCGUCUCAACAAAAGAAUACGGCACUCGUUGAACGUAACACCGUUACUGUCUCAAAAUCGGAUGUUAAACAACAACAACACGCUCCGUACGUCCAGGGACAACGUCGAUCGAAACAUCACUCCCCGUGGACCUUGGAAGAAUCGCAAGCGUUAGUUGACGGCGUGCGCACGUGCGGCGGAUGCCGUUGGACGGCAAUAAAAAAGCGCGACGAAGCCGAUGCCAUCGAGAAGAAGACGUUGAAGAAACUCGGUCGCCGAACAGCUAUGGAUCUGAAAGAUAAAUGGCGCAACUUGUUGCAGUUGGCAAACCUUCCAACGCAAAGUCGACGGAAGCGAGAGACGCCGAUGAGUUUGCUUGCUGACGUUUUGGAGUUGGAAAAGAAAUUCGGAGAUACAAGACGAAGAGGACGACGAACUGUCGCGACAAACAAUAAUACCAAGAAGUCGUCGUCGCAAGAACAAUCCGUGGCAACUAUUGUACCAACAAAUUAA